CAAGUGAUUAAAGGCUAUAAGGCAAUGUUGGUUUACUUAUUUGUUGCAAAAGAUAUUUCUUAAUGAGAUAAACUCGCGAAUUAUGUUGUUGCAUUCGAAAUUACAUUUAUUAUUUUUUACUCAUUUGCUCUCGUUUAUGAAAGUUCCAGUAAAAAGGUUUUUUAAUUUUAUCAGAUUAAAUUUAUAUAUACAGUAAAAUAGAACGCUUGUAACAGCAUGAAGCAUCAGUUAACUAAAAUUCUUCUUUCUUUUAUAACCGAGUGACUCCAUAAAUAAUAAAUGCAAGCUUAAAACUUUUACGAUAACGUCGAAAUAAUAACUGGUAUGUAGAAAGAGUUCUACAAAUACAAUUAACGAAUAUGUCUAUAUUCUACCACAUAGUUGAUUUAUGCCAAGUAAGCGCGCGAAAAACUAGUAGUAUAAGCGUUUAUCUGAUCAGGCAUGCAUGGCGCAGGUCCGAGUCUCUAGUUCACUUCUCCUAAAUCAAGGAAUUUUUUACGAGGUAGUAACACAGUGGUAUACUCGUGCAGAAGGAUACUCUUUUGUUCUUGUUAAAAGUCGACCUGUUGCAUUCUCUUUCUUCAUUUUCCAUAACGCAGGACGUCGAUCAUAUUAGAAUUACAUAGAUGGCCGAUUUAGUAAGUAUUUCGAUUAUGUAAAUUUCUUUAAAACUGGACUUUAAUUGGUGAUUGAGACUGUUAAAUUAUUCAGACGUUCUUCUAUCAUGUGCACGUAAAAUGAUAUGCAUUUUACACCAUUUCUAAUAAUAUCGUACACACGUUAAAUAUCUGAAGCGAAAAUUGUCGAAUUUACAAAUUAAGAAACAUGCUUUGCGUUGUAAAAUUAUAGAGCGAGUCACUUUUGUUUAAACAUAUGCAGAUUUUUUUUACCGUGAACGAACAGCGUUUUAUGCUCGUUUUUUCCAAUUUCUCGUAAUUUCAUUGACUCGACUUGGAUUGUAAAAACAGGAUAGAAAAGAAAGAAGAAUGAGAUCACACGCUUGAGGGACGCGCGUUUGAUUUUAGCGAACUUGCGAUUUUCUUGCAGCUUAUUAGUAAUCAAUCGAACUAUUUCGUCGAGUAUUUGGAAAUUAACGUAGUUACGAAUACCGUGGAAUGAUUUGUUGAAAAAAUAAAUAAUUUAACUUGUAUGAAACUUGGUAAGGCACGAUAUCGGAUUUUUGUGCAGUUAGAUUGUGCUAAAGAUUUCCUUGCGUGAGAAUAAUAGCUUCACGAUCUAUAUUAACAUAUUUCCAAUUUUGGAGAAGCAGUCAAAUGAUCGUUGUAUAAAGUGUUAAAUGAAGUGGACGAUUUAUGAAAAGUAAUCGGUACGAGUUUAUGUGUACCUUGGUAAAUUUUGUAUGAAAGUUACGAAAAGCAUGCAUUGAAUAUUUGUCGGAAUUUAAAAACAAUCGUUUUCACUUAAUCUUUAUUUUGAAGAAAAUUAUAAAAUUAUUUGCCAACUGGUACAAGUUACUAAAAGUGAAAUAAUUUGUAAAUUAUUUUUGGCUAAUUAGUUCGCGAUAUUUUUCCAUUAAAAUUUGAAGGCAAUCAAGGGCGUUUCUAUUACUUCCAAUAGUGUGUCAUACUUUUUUUUAUUAUAUAUCAAAGUGGAUAAUCUAGACGAUUUCAAUGUCCUCCAUCGCGAGGUUACUCGUCCAUAAAUAAAGGAGUAAAACAAGGAGUCUUACAUUACAAUAAGUAUAAUGCACGUGUAUAAGUGUACAAUGUCUCUUUGUCUUAUAUCACGUGAUGUUGUUGGCUUUUCCUGGCUCACAAUAUCUGUUGAUAUACCCCAAAGAUGUAACUCGAUGAAAUGUUUAUUAGAAAGAUGUGUUGAUAUUAGGCGUGUAAAAAGAGAAUGCUAAAUUUAGAACGUCAAGCGUCCGGGGAUGUGCUACCUACGCCUCUUAUCAAUUCCUCUGUAUUUUUUCCGUGUCGACAAAAAUUGUGUGUACACACAUAUAACAAGGUAGAGAUAAGAAAAGGAAAAUCGAAUGAUCCGAGAUGUUAAAAAUCGGCCAAAGUACCCCUGUACGCGAGCAAACCUCCUUACACGAGCGAAAGGAGGUCAGCCUGAGCAGCGGGACGCACUGUGACGGCAAUUUACCUCUUGCAAAUCGUAAAGAAGACUAUGGUAGUCAGAGACGUAAACUAUGAUCUUAGAUAGAGGGUAGCCAUUUCGAGCAGCUUCUACGGAGCCAAACAGUCGCGGAUUAUUGAAAGAAAAAAGUGGCUGUAAUUUGAAGAUAAAAUUAGACAGGACACAUUUUCGUAUGAGCUUUUCUUCCUCCUUGAAGCGAUCCCACGUAUCACAAUACAUGUUGUAUCGUUUCAUCGGUUUCUUUUUACCCCUCGUGUAGCAUAACAAUUUUGUAAAGAAACGUUUCUUCGUAUUUCUAAAAAUAACUUAGAGAUUCGAGUUAUCGAAUGGUACAUGUCCUUGAGACACUGUGUGGCAUGUAUUUCUAGGUGUCUAUUUUUAUCCGUAUCUUUAUCAAUGUAAGUCUAAUAUCGGCGUGCUAUUGAACUUAUUUGAUAAAGGAAGCAGUAAUUCAUAAACCUAGAUUAUACCGGUGUAAUAAUAAAUAUCAGUUAUCUAUCCGUACGGUGUAUUGUACUAACAAGGGUACGUCCCUUAUCGUAUCGUUAUAUUUACAUAACAUAUUUGUGUUAGUUUCGUGGCAUUUCUCAGUAUAACACGUCGGGGAAAGUUAGUACAAUAACCUAGAAGACCGUGUGUAGCAAUAGUUGGAUUUUCUACAUUCCGAUGAGAAUUAUACAAUUAAUUAAAUAGUACACGUUCAAUGGUUUUAUACAAAGAUGAACGAUAAUCUCGGAAAUAAGACGAAAAUUAAGAAUAAAAACAUUGUUUUCUGCUUCGUUUUUCAGUUACCGACAAUUAAAUAUCGGCCAGAAUAUCCCUGCACGCGAGCAAACCUCCUUACACGAACGAAAGGAGGGGUCGGUCGGUCAGGGCAGUUUUAUCUUCCCAUAAAAAUUAAAUGAUAAAACUAAAGAAAGGAAGAGGGUACUAAAUAAUUCAUCGUUUAUUCUUCGACAAAAGAGAAAACGUAUUAAACAAUUCUCCACUUUGUGGUUAGGAAUAGGUAACCGAAACGUCUAGAAAUUCUUUCAAUUUUCAACAGAACGUUUCUGUCUCGUAAUCCAAUUAUCUUCUAUAAUAGCCUUCUUUGAAGGAGACGAACGAAACACAUCGGAAUAGAAAAGCCGCAAAUUAACAAGACUUUACAGUGUCAACACGUUGUUCCGCAUCCUAGAUAAACAUGGGUCACCUUUUUUCCCUGGAAUAUAACGCAUCAUUGGGAUCGGUUGUCCCGGGGCGUGCGUCACCACACAGAAUGUCCACGAUGCUUGGCAAUUAAUCGAACUACAGCGAGCUCUACGAACGAUGCCACUUUCACGUACGAUCUAUCGAAAUUUGUCGCGUGUCUCGUUAACGUUAACCGCGGCUCGACGUGGAUUGGAAAUACGAGACGUUAGCUCGUGUUUCUGAAACGGCGAAAUGUUCUUUGUCGGAGGACUGAUAAAGCGUGAAAUAUUAGCACGAUUAAUACUACCACGUAUAGAUCGAUGACACGUGAUAUCAAAGGUGUAGACCAUAAAAUAUCAUUUACUACCGUUCUUGUUCCAUUCUAAAAGAUGUAUUUUCAUUUAGCUUUGAAGGGGAAACUUCUUGUCUUCUUCAUGUCUUGUCCGCCAAUGAAAUUUCGCUUCUCCUUUGGAUUUCGCUAGCAAACGAACGAUAAUGUAUGAAUGAAUAAUUUGUAGCUUCGUCUCGUUCGUUUCAUUUUGUACAAUGAAAAAUUCGCCAAAUUAAUAUGGUUCUAUAUAUGCUGUUUUACGUGCACGUCUACGUACAAUAUAACAUCAAUUUCCAUGUUAUACUUUAUACUAUAGUCAAAUGUUAGAUUCAAAUUAUAAAUCUGUAAAUAACAAAUAUUUAAAGAUGCAAGAAAUAGCAGUCGGUCGUGUGUGUUAAAAUACUUUAACAGCAAGUACACUGAUAGUCCAGUUGGAGAGAAAUCGAUGGAAUAUAAGUCUAAAUUUAAAUGUGCAGACGAAAUCAAAUGCACGAACCUUUUAACAAACGUUGUGCGGUUUUGUCGAUCGGAACAUUGGACGAGCUCCACGAUAAGGGUCAAUUCGUGUUUGUCAAGACGUGCAGGAAGUUUGCAUUUUUCGAAACGAAACAGGACCACACAUAUUACAUAAAUUCAUCCUUUACCUUUCAUCAUUCUCGAACAUUUCUACUGCUCUAUAGAAUUUUGAAUCAAACGUUAAAUGUACUCGAUAGAAUUCUAAUUCCAUUUCUAAGAAAUCGACCAGACGGGGAAAACCAAAAAAAAGGUUUAUCAUCCAUAUUAUCUAACAUUUUCAUUGAUGUACAUGAAUUUGAAAUACGUUGAACAUAUUCGACAGAAUUCUAUCUUAUCCUGCACGAAAUUCAGGCAACGAAGCAGCAAAUAGGAAUACAUUAAUUAUUAUUUGAUAAGAAUUACGGAAAGUGAGGCUUGUCAAAUUUUUCAACUUUUUAGACAAAUAUGUAUAUGGUGUUCGGUAAUUAGAAGCAAGUCUUGCAAUAUGCUGGCUUAUCGAUAGCAUCGAAAACGAUCUAUUUGCGUCUUGAUUCACCCAUUGUUGAAUCAAAAUGAACUGCUUCUACAGAGGCAACAUUUAUCAAAGCUUCGUCAAGAAUGGCUCUCGUUAAACGACUAGUGCUAUAUUUCCCCGUUUUUCUUAUUGUCAAGAUUGAUAACGGAAUAUCGCUGAUUACCGUCCAGACGACGUAUCAAAACGAUUUGAAUCUAGUAACAGCAGCGGGCAAUAUUGAUAUUUUUAAGAGUUCCACGCGUUAUUUGCCUUUCUUUAUUUAAACCAGGCAUCGUCUUUGAUGCCUGAGCUACGUUGUUUAACGAAUCGUAAUUUGAAAAUGUGCUUCUCCAAAAAGCAACCUUAGACACGUGGUACAUCCACAGUUUCAUCGGAUAUCCCGUUCCCAUUCAACUUCGUUUAAUCUAACACAAUCCUCCUGCUAUGCGAUUAAGGAUAAUAGGACAACCAUCGUGUAAUAUGAUCGAUACUUUGUUGAAAACAAUUGAAAAUUAAAUAUAUCAGAGCGUCACGUAUUUUGUCGGCUCGGAAAAUGCCAAGAGUCGAUAGAUGUUGUCUUUGAUACGAGCACGUCCAUUGAAACAGCAAUCGUAGAAGCUUGACGUAUAAAAUGACGAAACUUGCGCUUAUUUUUAUUUAAAAUACAGAAGAGAAAACGUAGAGAUAUAAGAACGUGGCGAGGAAAAUACGGGAUAAGGUUAUCGAAUACGAGCGCAUCGAUUAGUUGGUUGAAUUACAUUGUUACUACGAUACAGUGCUACUAUUAUCACUGCAUCAUCGUCUAAUAACUGCGCUAUUACUUGGACAGGAUCACCGUUACACGAUGUAAUAGCGAUACGUAAAAACAUGCAGGAGGAUCAAUGCAUGAUGUUAAAAUCGAAAGGUACGGUGUGCGAUGUACCCGUUAGAAGCAAAGCUUCCAGUUUGAGGGUUUGGUCCUCUUUCACGUAUCGCAGGAACGACAACGACGUCGCUGAAUUAAGCACGAAUCAGGAAAACAACGUAUCCGUUGGAAGACUUCGAGACGGACGAAACUAUCCGGCGGACUUCAACACGAUAGAGAGCUUUCAUUGCGCGAUCGGGCCUGUUUUAAGCAUAGCCCGAGUCUUUGGUUUAUUUCCAGUGGCUGGAGUCCGAUCCGCGUCACCCUCGAAACUCCAGUUCAAGGCAUUUUCCUUCGUCGCGUUUUAUUCGGGUCUCAUAGCCUCGAUGAUAUUCUUUAUGACGAUCGUAUCGGUGCUUCACAUGGUGAAAACUCUUAACGCUAAUACGAUCCAGACACGUGGUGGCAUAGCGUCGGCGACAGUUGGCGCGGUGUUCUACGGGAACAGUCUGCUGGGCAGCAUCUUAUUUUUCUGGCUGUCGUCACGCUGGGUACCUCUUCAGUCGGAAUGGAGGGCCAUGGAACGAUGCAUAGACAGCAAUCGCAUAGAACCGACGCGGCUGCGAUGGAAAUUUUUCUUCCUAAGUUCCGUGAUACUGGUGUUGGCUCUGGUCGAGCACAUCCUAAGCAUGUUCAACAACGUGGACGGCUACGACUGGAACGCGUCGAAUUCCACGUUUCGCAGCUUCCUGGAGACGUAUACUCUACGCUCGCAUUCCUUCAUCUUCGACACAUCAUCACGUUCGUUUCCAGUGAAUUACAACUUUGCCUUCGGAUUGUACAUUUUCGUCGUUAGCAAACUGGCCACGUUCAAUUGGAACUUCACCGAUCUUUUUAUCAUGCUGGUUGCCACCGCUUUGGCUGAAAGGUACAAAUCUCUGAACAAGAAACUGGCAGUGACGGUGACAAAAUAUCGGCCGAUAUUCUACUGGCGCGAACUUCGCGAACACUACGCGAUUUUGAGUUGCGUUGUUAAGAAGGUGGACGAGCACAUCUCUCCCAUAAUCCUGUUAUCCUUCGCGAACAACCUCUACUUCAUCUGUCUUCAGCUGUUGAACGGACUAUCCAUAGCAGAAAAGAGCAGCCCAUUGAGCGCGGUGUACUUCUUCGGCUCUUUCGGCUUCCUAAUUAUUCGCACCUGUGCUGUCACCUUACUCACCGCUAGGAUACACGAUCAGAGUAAAGUGGCCUUACCUUAUCUGUACAAUUGUUCCACAUCCAGUUAUGGCAUUGAGGCGCAGAGAUUGCAGCAUCAACUGGCGACAGACGAGGUAGCGUUAACUGGAUUACGUUUCUUCUCCAUCACGAGAAAUUUUAUGCUUGCGGUGGCCGGAGCAAUCAUAACGUACGAAGUUGUGCUUUUGCAAUUUGUCGAUGGCAAAUAAAGCAAAAUUACAGUGAUAUCUAUUCUACGCUACUAUCGAUCCGUUUAUAAUUAUAUUUUUGAUAAUAUUGUUGUUACUACGUAUGCAAUUCGUGUUUUAGCCUAUUUCUGACGACAUUACUUGUUAUUUGUACAUACAAAAAUAUAUAAUUACUUUAUUUAAA